UAAGCUGCACCUCCAUAAUCAUUCUGGAAUCGAUCAUCAUCAGGUUUUUCUGCGUGGGGGCCUCUCCACUGAACAAUACCAGUUUCCAGAUUUUGCAUACACCUCACAAUAACAGCAUGGUUGAAUCUUAUCUGGUCAAUUCGCUAUUGGAAAAGAUAAAAUUUUCGUGGCCAUAAGAAAAACUGAUUCGUGUCUCCGUCACUGGCCCCAACAACCGAAUUUUUCUCACGUUCAUCAUCUAUUUUUAACUCUGAUGUCUACCUCGAGCGCGGAUUUCAAUGCGUUCGCAGCAGUUCCAUUAAAACAUUUAUCGUGAUCGAAUGUAUAUAUCUUAAUUAAAUAAUUUAUUUAUUUACCGUUAUUUAUUUAAUUUCUUUGCGCUAACACAUAUUUUUAAUUAGUGACACUGAAUUUCGGUUAAUGGAUACCGAUCGUGAGUUUCGUAGAGCGCGAUUUUCAUUGGUCUAACACGAAUCCUGGAAAGGUUCUAACCUCACUAGACGGUAUGCUGAGAAUUCGUACGCUGAAAAAAGUGGCCACAGAUGCGAGUGCAUAUUUCAGGAUCCUUUUAAAAAAUUAACAGAGCUGUAACACGCUACUCAGAAAAAUAAUACAAAUGCUAGUGAAGUGAUAUUUGGUGAUACUUAGAUAGGAUCCAUCACCUUGCAAUCCAAGGAUAUACUCAUAAUUAAUUCAUCACACUAAACCCCAAAGUGAGUGUGUUUUCACAGAUUAAAAAACAAACGUCGGAUAUUUCUUCCCUCGACACAGUGAUCGUGCGUGACGAUCGUGAGAGCUCUCAGUGCUUAAAUAUAAUUUCCCCGAAAGAUAUUUCACAACUCGAAAUCGACCCAAUAAAAAAAAGAUACUCGACAUUGUAUUUUCAUUUGAAGAUUCUUAAAAGAAAAUAGAUAAAAAUGAAACCGACUGUGAUAUCGGGCGGUAGCGGUGAUAAUCACCCCCCUGCAGCGACUGGUAACCAGCCUCCUCAACCCAACAGCAAUCAACAUCCGCCGCAAGAUGCUAAUUCGCGUGAAUUUCCGCACUUUCAGUCUGGCUUUGGAUUUCGUCCGCAUUUUGACGAUAUGUUUGACGACGAUGAUUUUGGACCGCAUUUACGCGCACGCAUGAUGCGCAACCCAUUUUCUGGAUUCGGUGGACGUAAGAGAUGCGGAUUUAUGCCAUUCGAUGAUCUUUACAGACAAUUUUUUGCCGAUGAAUCGGAUUUUUUUCCAGGCUUCCAUGAUCCUGAAUGGGAAUCGAUGCGUGGACGACGUCGAGCCCCACCUCAAACAACUGGAGGUGGCGCAAAUGCACGUGGAAAUAUUUUUGAUCAUAUACCAGCAGAAUUUCGUAAUUAUCUUCCGGAAAAUUUUGGAUUCCAUGAACCCCAAGCACAAGAAUAUUCGCAAUCUUAUCCACCACAACAGCAAUACCACGAAGGUUACCCGCAACAUCAACAAGGACAACAACAGCAAUAUUACCCGGAACCUCCACAACAGCAGCAGUACUAUCAACAACAACAGCAACAACCACCACGUCCGAAAUAUUGUGAUGCGUCCAUUCAGACCGAAAACAAUAUGGAUACUGACGGUCAAAACGCUCAACCCAAUCAGAACCUUAAUCAACACAAUCUCAGAAAUACUAUGGACUUUGGACAGAAAUCUCAACAAGAAGGAACCAGUCAACCCAGAUCUUCCUCAGCUCCUGAGGUAAACAAUGAAAACUACGCUUCAGCAGCAGCUUCGGCCGAAGCAUUUGCUGGUCCCAAUGAUCCUUGCAUCUCACACUACGCAUCAACUGGAACUGACCCACAAAGCCCACAACAAUUUCCAGGAUAUCCUCAACAACAGCAACCGCAUCCCACUUAUCCUCCACCACCACCUCAACGUCACUUCGUUCCUCCACAAUACCAAAACGCUCCGCAAUAUCAACAAUAUCCACAACAACAGGCUCCUCCUAGAGCACCAAAUACUCCACAAGAAGAUGGUGGUUUUGUUAGGCACGUUCCAAUCUUCAUUGAAGGUCGUUCUGAACCAGUUAACUCUCCAACAGCACAACGAUCUCGCAGAUUCCAACAGCAACAGCAACAACCACCCCAACAGCCUCCGCAAGCUCCACAAAAACAAGCGCAACCACAACAACAACAGGAACAUCCUCCACGUCCAACUCCACUGAAUACCCAACAAGCCCAGGCAAAUGCCCAAGCUCCUCCCGGAGCACAAGGUCAAGUCCCGCAAACGCCUCAAACGACAGCUUGUAUAAACAAAAUCCAGGAUAUUCAACGAGAUGUACUGAACCUCAUGGGGCAGGUAGAACAGUUUACUGGUACUAAACAAGACAAGGAGUACUUAUAUUUAGAUGAAAUGCUUACUAGGAACUUAAUUAAAUUAGAUACCAUAGACACAGAUGGAAAGGAUAGCAUUCGAUUAGCACGUAGGGAAGCAAUUAAAUGCAUUCAAGCUUCCAUAAAUGUUCUGGAAGCAAAGGCUGAAGAAAACGCUAAGGCUGCACAAGGAUCUGUGAUUGAGGGCCAACAGCCCGAAAGCGCUGAAGGAGUUCCAAACGAACCUAACGUUAUUCCACUUCCAAGUGGGGAAACAGAACAUUCUGACGCAGGCACAGGCACCGAUUCUCCACCAAGAGAAACUGCCGAGGUAGCAUCUAAGAAAGAGGAAACGUCUCCUGAACAAGAACCUAAUAAGUCUGAAACCGUGCCGGAACCAAAAGCUCCAGAAGAUUCAAAACCUGAAACUCAAGAAAACCCACCAGUAGAAGCCUCACCUCCCGAACCAGCAAACCCGGAAGCCAAACCCCCAGAAAAUACGGAGCAAACUCCGGAAAAGCCUCCUACUGAAAAUGCGGAAACCACAUCUGAACAAUCUCAACCAACUGAUUCCACUACAGGAGACCAAUCCACUCUAGAACCACCGAAGGAACAGAUCGAAAAAUCCUCUUCAGAAAAAGAAAACAAACCACCAGGAUCACCUAAAAAGAAAAUCGUUCGCAAGGUCAAGAAAGUAGCUGAUAAAAAAACAGCUUCACCCGGAUCAGAGUCGGCAACUGACGAAUCAGCCACGCCUCCGACUAAAGAGGCCGAACCAGCUGCUGCAGCAGAUACGGCCGAAGCCAACCAGUAGUGAACAAGGAUCAGUCUGAAACCGAAUGCAUGCGUAAAAUUAGGUUUAAUGCGAGUAUUCCUGAAGAAAAACUUAAAUUAAUAAACUAGUCUUUCAUUUUAUUAAUUUUAAUAGAUUUCAAUUCUUUUGUAUAUAAAUAAUAAUUAACGUUUACGGCUAAAAUAAUAUAUACCAUUAUAUAUAUAUCUUGGAAUCUACUGCGGUAAUGUGUAAACGCAAUAGAAAAUUUAUAUAAAAAGAUUGAAAAGUAAGAAUCCAAUGGAAACUGCAAUU